AUGCGACCUACUGAGUCCAAGUGGUCGUACGGGAUUUUCGCGGGAAGAGAUGCAUCGAGAGGUUUGGGCACUUUUGCCCUGGAUGAUUCAGCGGUGCGGGACACGUAUGACGACUUGUCGGAUUUGACGCUGGAUCAGAUGAACACGGUUAAGGACUGGGAAUAACAGUUUCAGGAUAAAAUUUUUAUACCUCGAUACCAACUGGUUGGUCGUCUGCUGCGACCAGCUGAGGAGCCAACGGACUAUACUCUGGAGGAAGAAGAGGAAGCCAGCCAGAAAUCUGCGGCGGAUAGUCUCGAAAACAAGACUAAAUGAGCCAAUUGCUUCAAGUUGAAGCCUUGGUGACGGGCCAUAAUUGUCAUUUUAUAUGCAAGCACAUGCCAUGAUGCCGAUCUUUUUUGAUUCCAUGCUAAAGUUUAAGUAAUUUUUGGUAUUUUCGCAGGUUUUUUGGUAUUGGGGUCUGGGGUAAAUUAUUUCGUUUGUAAGCAGGUUUCUUGUCAUUCAGUCGUACUCGACGCAUGG